GCCCUACUUACUACACUUUGACUGGACACCCGGUCUCGUACACCAAAGUCCGAAAUAUAGCCCGAUUCCAGCCGUGCACUGUCCCAGACUGCAAGCAAGGUACGACGUAGGUGGCAAGACAGGAGCAUCCCGCCAUGCGUGCAUCAAUUACCGCGAUACCGAUAACGUGCGCAGCGGGCCAGCGGACCAGCGGCGUAGCAGCGCCGAGCCUUGGCCCUUGGACAGUUCGAAUUUGAAAUAAAUAGCGCACAAACUUGAUACGUGGGUCACGAGUACUUUCUUUCCCUCAUUCAACAUGCUGCAAUCGGUCUGGGCGAUUCUGAGUCAAAUCGUGGGGCUCGCGACAAUCGGUGGCUUGUCCGGGCAACUUCCUGUAGAGAAUGGUCUGAGCAGCGACCUCCUGCAGAAGGAAGCCCCGCUCGCGUUCUCGGACGAGUUGCGUCUUGUCCAAUUGUCUCCGGGCUCUAAGCCGCAAUGGAUGACGGACAAGCAAAAGUUUGAGGCCAAGGCUCAGGGCAUUGACUUCGUUGACAUAACGGACGCGCCUCACCUUGGCAGUCUUUACAAAAAACCUCGCUUCACCUACCCGCCCCCCGACUCCAGCUCGUCCAUCGUCCGCGGUGUGUUCCCCCAUCUGACCACGGAUGAGCCGCGGGCGAAUCUCGAGCAUUUGACGUCCUACUUCACGCGGUACUACAAUUCCGACACUGGUAAGGAGAGCUCGGAAUGGCUCUACAGCAAAAUUCUGGCAUACACGGAUGAGCUGGCAUCGGAAGAGCAAGCAUCGAUGAUCAAUGUCAACCUGGUCGACCAUGCGUUCAAACAGCAUUCUAUUAUCGUUCGAUUUGCGCCCUCGAGCUCUGCUCCCUCGGACCCCAUCACCGUCAUGGGCGCGCACCUCGACAGUAUCAACCGCACGGAUCCGUACGGACGAGCCCCUGGCGCGGGAGAUGAUGGUUCCGGCACUGUGACCCUCCUUGAGACGUACCGUGGUCUGCUUGCUGCGGGUUAUGUUCCGGUUUCGCCGCUGGAGUUCCAUUUCUACGCUGGAGAAGAGGGCGGAUUGCUCGGCUCGUCCGCCAUCGUCAACGAUUAUGAGAAGGCUCACAAGGUUGUUCGUGGCAUGUUGCAGUUCGACAUGACAGCUUUCCACAAAGCUGGGACCCGCGAAGAAUUGGCCAUUGUUACCAACACUAACCAAGUUGAUUCUGUGCUGACCAAGCACCUGUUCAGUCUUGCCAAGGAAUACUUGGACUUGCCCAUUGUCGAAACGCAAUAUCCCGUCGGCCCUACCGGUGCAGGACCCACGAGCGAUCACCUCAUCUGGCACAAGGCUGGGUACCAGGCCUGUCAUCCACUCGAAGCACAAUUCAAAUAUGCCAACAGCCAUGUUCAUAGCACUGAUGACCGCAUGGACUUCUCUUCGGAGUUUUCCUUCGAUCAUAUGCUGCAUUUCAUGAAAUUGGGCGCGGCUUUUGCCGUGGAGAUGUCGAAUUAUUGAAUGGAGCCAUAACACGACGCACAGCCGUCGAAGACAAUCGAGAAGGACCCUGAUAUCACAUACUGCCGUGUCCCGCAGCCCUUUCUCUGUAUCGAGACGGUGCUCCCAGUCUAAAUGUGUUUUCGCCGUGUCUAGUCUGGGGACUGGUCAACCGUCGUGCAAAGGGUACUUCCAAGUCUCUUGCCUUCCAUUCUGACCAACAUUCGUCGACCCUGGACCACGAGGUCUCGUCAAUCUGGUUCAUCAAAUCAUGCCAUUUCGAGGAGCAGGUAUCUUCGGUCACGAAUUGAGCGAUCAGAGGCAAGAUAUGAUAAUCUCGGGCUGGGAGCAUUAUCAGCGAGGUUUGCGUGUGACCGAGGAGAACGUCGUACUCGAACAUCGGGGACCGGGGAUGACAUCGCCAGGAGCAUUGGCAUCAUUGACGAACGUGGAUAGAGCCAGGAGCCGUGAGCCGACGACUGGAGUUGAAUUGCCAGGUGAUAUCUGGUUCAUCACUCUCGCGGGGAAUCCGAGCAGGGCCAUAUUGUCAGACACACGGCAAUAAGCAGCGACUUUGAUCCAUUCGGAGUUGGCUCCCACGACUACAGCAGGCCCGGGCUCACCAAAGUUCACGCAAUUGAUCACGAGCGCCAGUCUGUCGAUCUGGCUGAAGUCUCCGAUGCUCUCGUUCCGGCCUGGUGAGAAUAAAGUGAUUCAGCAUCUUUGAGUAAUCAGCCGACGAGAGACGUGCCGUGAACCGCGCGUUCCAGCGCAUCGACUUUGGGAAUGGCCAGAGUCAAAUGGGAAUCCAAGGCCUGAGUCUUGUCGUAGUAAGAACCAGCUAUGCGCGCGGCUUCGGCGUAGUGUUCGUCAGCAAUGUAGUUCGCGUUACCCGUCCGAAAGACCAGGCUGUAACUGAAGUCGACAAAGUUGACGUCCGCCAUCUUGCCCUUGUUGUCGAAGACGCCUUCUGCAUGCUUGCUUCCGUCUUCAGUCUGGACACGAAUUGUCUCGGAUCCAUUCCUUCUCCAGACGUCCGACUGCCCGGGAACCAGCUUGAACAGCGCGUUGUCUCCCCCUGUAGUGGAGGUGACGGAGACCAUCACCGUCUGCGGCGACUUGUUGUUGACUCUGAAGCCAGCAGGCUGGUAGGUGUUCACGAUAGUUAAAGGUUUGUCAAACCCGUCGAAGUAGAUGAUCGCGGGCUCCCCGCGGUUGGCUCGAAGAGACUUGAACUUCGUAUCCGCCGGGUCACGGAACUUGACAUCCUCCCACCCUGCCCUUUUCCACGUAUCAUUGCACCCUGGAGCGACGUUGAACCACUCCGCGUUGCCGCCGGUGGUGUUCGUGAUAGAGCAUUGGACGCUCUCGCUGGUGCGAUUUUCGACUUUGAAUCCACUCAUGGCUGGAGGGCGUUUGAGGCGUUGGUUGGGUCAGACCACACCACCAGGGAAUCCCUUUAAAUCGGAUAGCCGUGCGGUGCCCACCGAAGAUCCAGGGCCAUGACAGCAGUGCAAGGUACACGGUGACAGCGCCCAUCAAGCACCAGCAAUGUGCAUGCCCUUCACUCGCUUCACCCGGGUCUCAUUGGUCGCCCAGUCGGGAUGAACCGGUACCGUUUACGGACGUCAGCAUCCAAUAUUCGCUCCGCUGCAUGCAUCGUUGGCACGAAGGAAGAAGAAUGCGGCUUCAACGGAGCAUCUGGGACCAGGUCAGGCUCGCUUGCGUCGAGUUGUCUUUAAUUGUGAUGCCGAGGAUGCCAAAAUGUGUCGGUAGCGCAGUCAGAAGAUGGAUAUCGUGCACCCGCGGUGCCUGGCCAGUCUCCGCCAUCGUGAAGCUCGGGACAAGCAGCCUGAACAUCCGAACGCAGGAGCGUUCAGACACGUGACCAAUUUGACACGUCUCUGCAGGUCUCUGCGCGACUCACCAUCAAAUUCCAAUACUCUACCCUUCCAAGACGCUUUCCCCCCAGCAGUCGAUAUGUUUCGCGCCGUAGCCUAUCUACUCUUACUCACCGGCAUACAAAUGGUCGCCGCUCAAUUCCAAUUCUUCGACGGAAUGUUCCAGCAGCAGCAUCGCCAGCAGCAGCAGCCGUCUGGAGCGUCGCAGUGGGCAGCACAUCUUGAGAGCGUCUCAUGUCCCAGAUACCUCUGUCCCGCAACGUUGGACUGCGUGCCGAGCCCUGUAGACUGCCCCUGCCCCAACGCGGAGGACAUCAAAUGCACCAUCCCCGAUGGAGAAAACAAGCACGCAGCGACUGUUAUCUGCGUUAGAGGAGGCACGGAUUGUAGCCAGCUGGACAAGUUGACGCGCAGCAGAUAGAUGGGACCUUUGUGUUAGAGGAACAAGCUGCGUUCCAUUCCGACCGCUUUCUCCCCCGCGUGCGCUCUGGUCGUGUUGUGUGGCUCGCACCCCCUAUCUCUAUUUGAUUUGGGGUCACACCCAGUAUUCGGCACUCUUGUCCGAUUGUUCUGUUUAUCCCGCUUCGAAAGCUCAUGUUCGAAGAUUCUUCCGCGUGCCGCAUUUCUCCGUCAGUAUCAUGCAAUCCAUGCGACAGUGCAAAUCGAAGUUUCAGUGUGUCUCCCCGAGGAGUCAUUUGUCAGUGGCUCGCCUCUUCCACGGCUGAAUAACUUGCCGCACAGCGUGUUUCCUGAACAUGCUGCUGUAUACUUAAUUCCGAUCACAUUUUCCGGGUGAGCCCAUACGCCGAAAGCACUGUUUCAAGAUGCUCCGUAGGCUUCUAUCACUUCCUCCAUCUACACGAUGUCAAGGGUUGUAAUAUGGAGUGGAAGUUUCGCUCGCGUAUCUUCACGGCCAUUGAUAUCGUCUGGAGCUUUAUUCAUUUAUCUUUGAGAUUGCGUUUUGCUGCUCUCUUAUUGGCUCCUGCAGGAGAAACGAAAAAGUUUCCUUUUUCGAGUGAUAAGAGUUGUUUGGACUGCGAAGUUUGAUGUGGACACAUACAACGGCAUAGCCACCACAGGCUUUGACUGUUCAGGCUCUACACCUCCAGCUCGGUCAUUUCCCUGAUUCUCGUCGCGCCGUAUAUUCCGCAUUAGACCAUCACUGCUCCUACAUCUCGAUAAAUGGCUGCUAGACCUGCCCUUCCACCUGGUGCCAACCGCAUUCUCUUCGUCAAGAACCUGAACUAUCAAAUCACCGGCGAAGACCUGUACGACCUCUUCGGCAGGUACGGCACCAUCCGCCAAAUCCGCAUCGGGAAUGAGCAGAAAACCAAGGGAACGGCGUUCGUGGUGUUCGAUGAUGUGUUGGAUGCGAAGAACGCCCUCGAUCAUCUGAAUGGGUUCCAUCUGCAAGAGCGCUACAUCGUCGUUCUGUAUCACAUGCCUGCGAAGCAAGACGCGGCGGCGGCGAAGGCGGAUUUGGCUCGACGAGAAGAAGAACUCGCUGCACUGAAACAAAAGCACAAUAUCGGAGACGCUGAUUAAUCCUCGCUUGCUGUAUCCUGUACUGUUAUCCCUUCCGUCCUGCCAGGGUGUGUAUUAUCACGAAUGUAUAUAUUGAUGCCCCUCCCCUUCUGAA